GUUAAAAGCAGAUUGUCAUAUCAAAUAAUUAUAUUGCACAUGACUUAAAGUAUCAUGAUAUUCACCAGUUGUUUAUCUCAACAUAUGUUGCAUUCUGGAAUAUUAGAAUACGUUAAACGAGAUGAAAUUACUCAUUUUGUUGCAAUUUAGUGUCAAUUUUCUUUGUUACGUUGGUAAAUUAGUGACGAUUGCUUUCUGAACAAAAUAUGAGAAAUAUAGUGUGUGUGAGAAUUUAUACAGUAAUUAACGCAAGAAAAGCACUGGAUACAUACAUUGGUCCGAUACUCGUGCCUGUGCUCGAAACUGUUCCUUUGUACCAAUCUGAGAGGGCAAUCUAAUAGAGAGCCAACUUUUUGUUGGAAAAAGCCAAUUACUUCAUGUUCAGACCAUUAUCGUGUGUAUGUUGACAUUUUCUAUACUGUACGUGUACGUUGACAUUUCUGAAAAAACGACAUCAUUUUUGUCCCUAUAUGAUAAAGAAUUGGAACAAUGAAAAUGCAGACCAACGAAGUUACGAGAGUCUCUUCAUUUAAGACAGUUAAAAGGCCGACAGUUAAAAAAUGUGAAAAGAAAGGAUUUCGGUUAUUUUCAUCAUCACCAAAACUAAAACAAACACGAUUGACACUCGAAACAUUACAAUAUCUUACUCCCUUCAGUAAAGGAAACGAUUUAGUUUCAGAUGCAGCACGUGGAAUUCUGCUUAAUAGAAUCCGAACGGACAAAAGUGUGCACAAACUUUAUUUCUCGGAUACCGUAAAAGACAUUCGAAUCUCUGAGGAGGAUUUCCAAGGCUUUCCAAUAGAGAAGCUCGCGGUUGCUAUGGUUGCAGAAGCUAUCUCGACCUGUAACGACGAGUUAAAGUUUCACUGUACGAUUGAAAGGAACAAUUUGGCAACUGUUCUAGAAGAGGUUUAUCAAAGUGUACACUGGAAGAAACUAGGAUUUUCAUUAUAUACAAAGUUAUAUCCGAGCGUGGUGAGAGAUGAUAAGUUGAACAUUAACCUACAAGAUUUUAUAGAUGACAACGGUCCUGAGUGGGCGGAGCGAAUUAUCGAGCGCAUGACAGAACCAUCAUGGACGAUGCAGUGGGUAGAGAAAAUAAUCCGUGGCCAAGUGACAGAGGAAGGUUAUAACACUGAGAUGAAUGCUCUAUUUGUUAAACUUCACUUGCUCGAUCCUCAGUCUGUCAUACCAACUUACCAUUUGCUCAAUCAUAUAAAAGCUCUUCCCGAGUGCAAUUUAGAACUAGCAACACGGAACUACCUCGGCGGACCACUUGAUUGCACGGAGAUUACAGAUCAUGUUAAGAGAGCUAUAGCAAAAGAAACCCAUCCAGUGAGUGUAUCAAAACUAUCCCUGGAAGACAUUGAGGUGUUUUACGGCCUGGAAGUAGAAGAUUUUAUACUGUCAGAAGUAAGAGACUUGGGUGUAUGGAAUGGAAGGAGACCAGACAAUAGAAAACAAUCAAAGAUUCAAGACCGGUGUAGAAUUAUGUGAUUUAAAAGUAUGCAAUAACAAAAACAGUUAAAAAAUAAGAAUAUUUCAGCGAAUCACACAGACCAAACAGUCUGUACACAUUUCAAUGCACAUUAUAUUUGAUGUUAUGUUUUUGACAGCUAGUUCAUGUCUAUAUAAUAUUUGAUAAAACAACCCAUUUCCCUUCAUUAUAAAUGCGCAGCGCCUGACCAAUUUAAUUUUGUAAAUAGGUACUAAUAAACGUAACUAUACUUAAAGACAAGGUAUAAUAUUUUAA